UCUAGUGGACGGGUCUUCAGAAACAGCUCGUCAACCAUCUCGGUAGCUUGCUAGCCAACAAAGCCGAAAGAUUCAAGCUAUUCAUACACUUUCGGUGUAUAUUAGCUACUGUGUUUUAGAUACACUUCUGUCGUAUCUACUUGUUAACCUAUUUAAUUUAAUAUUACGUUAUUUUGUAUUAGUCAGCUAUAGUAUUUGGCUGGUUAAGUUAGCAUUAGCCCAGUCGCUAACGAUAGAUAGCUAGCUAACAUCCCCGACCAUGAGGUCAGUAAACAUCUCCCCUCCUGUUAAAGAAGAGGUCUGCUGGAAGGAGAAAGAAGCUCUGCGGCUGAACAUUGUCGUGAAAGAGGAGGAGGAAGUCACAGUUAAAAAAGAAGUAGAGGGUGAGGCUGUUACAGUGAAAGAAGAAGAGAAAGACGUUUCAGUGAAAGAAGAGGAAGACUCGUUCAGAGUGAAAGAAGAGGAGGAUGUUACUGUGAAAGAAGAGGGUGUAGUUUUUGUAGUGAAGAAGGAAGGGGAGAUUACUGUCACAUUGAAAGAUGAAGAGGUGGAGAUAGGAGAUCUGAUUAACACCAGAGAGAGACGGGACUAUCGUGGAUCCUCUGGGGAGUCUCAACAUCAUCAUGAAGCUGAAGGGAGAGAGAGGAAUCUCUCCGGAUCAGAACUCCUGAAGAAACACCAGCAGAGACCCACAGGGAAUAAAUAUUUCUGCAAAUCUACAUCAGAACUUAAAAUACACCCGCGAGUACACACAGGAGAGAAAGCUCACCACUGUUUUGAUUGUGGGAAGAGUUACUCAAGAUCAGAUGCACUUAAAGUACACCUGAGAAUUCACACUGGAGAGAAACCUUUUGGCUGUGAUCAAUGUGGGAAGAAAUUUACUGUGUCAAACUCCUUGAUAGUGCACCAGAGAAUACACACAGGAGAGAAACCUUAUAGCUGUCGUCAAUGUGGGAAGAGUUUUACUCAACCAAACAGCCUGAUAGUACACCAGCGGACACACACAGGAGAGAAACCUUAUGGCUGUGAUCAAUGUGGGAAGAAAUUUACUGUGUCAAACUCCUUGAUAGUGCACCAGAGAAUACACACAGGAGAGAAACCUUAUAGCUGUCGUCAAUGUGGGAAGAGUUUUACUCAACCAAACAGCCUGAAAGUACACCAGCGGACACACACAGGAAAUAAAUCUUAUGGCUGUGAUCAAUGUGGGAAGAAAUUUACUGUGUCAAACUCCUUGAUCGUGCACCAGAGAAUACACACAGGAGAGAAUCUUUACCAUUGUUCAGAUUGUGGGAAAAGCUUUUCAACAUCAUGGUCAUUGAAGGUGCACCAUAGAACACACACAGGAGAGAAACCUUAUGGCUGUGAUCAAUGUGGGAAGAAAUUUACUGUGUCGAACUCCUUGAUCGUGCACCAGAGAAUACACACAGGAGAGAAAUCUUAUAGCUGUAGUCAAUGUGGGAAGAGUUUUACUCAACCAGAUAGCCUGAUAGUACACCAGCGGACACACACAGGAGAGAAACCUUAUAGCUGUUAUCAAUGUGGGAAGAAAUUUACUGUGUCGAACUCCUUGACAGUGCACCAGAGAAUACACACAGGAGAGAAACCUUUUAGCUGUCAAUGUGGGAAGAGUUGUACCACAUCUAGCCAACUAAUUGUACACCAGAGAACACACACAGGAGAGAAACCCUAUAGCUGUGAUCAAUGUGGGAAGAGUUUUGGUACAUCUGGCUGUCUAACGACACACCAGAGAACACACACAGGAGAGAAACCUUAUAGCUGUAGUAAAUGUGGGAAGAGUUUUACUCACUUUAGCAGCCUGAUAGUACACCAGCGGACACACACAGGAGAGAAACCUUUUAGCUGUGAUCAAUGUGGGAAGAGUUUUACUACAUCUGGAUAUCUGACUAUACACCAGAGAACACACACAGGUGGACAAACUUUGUAGCUGUGAUCAAUGUGACAAGAGAUUCAAAGCCCGAUGUCCAAUAUACAUUCGGGUUGAAAGUGAAAGUUGAGAUGUUUUUCUGAUCAUUUUUUUUUAAAUACUUGAAAACAACUUAAUUUUAAUGUACUUGCAGCCUAUACACAAGGACACAAUAUAAUAAAUUAGUCUAUAAUCAAUUUUAUUAACAAUCCUACAUCACUCCAGUAUUUCAUGACAACAUUCAAGUGCUAAUUGUCUUUAUUCCACUACUGAAGAAGCAUGACUCAAAUCACCUACUCAUAUUUCAAACAUUGUCUGACAAAAUAUAUUUUAAAAAUCAUUAUUCCAUGCCUCACCACUAAGUGAAUUAUUGCCAAUAUAUAUAUUAACAAAUGAGUGUACAUUUGGUUUUGAUAAUUCAUAUUUACAAUUCAUGUAACAUUUAGUAGUCAUUUAUGCAACCAACUGACAAUUUUUCGGUACAAUUAUAUUGAUUUCUUGCCCUUCUUUUAGAAUAUCAGGAAUCAUUCUCAGAUGUGCCAACCCAAAUGUACUAGAGCAUGACAUUGGGGACUGGGCCCCGAUCCAACAACAUGCCUAUAGAGUGAACCCU